GCAAGGAUAAUUCGAAAUUAUUCAUUAGUUCUGCUGACUGGUCUUUCGCAAGUGAAUUUGUUGGAAUAUUUAAACCUAUUUACACAGCUACAAUGAAACUACAAACUGAACAGCUGUGUUAUAGCGAACUAUAUAUUGUAAUAAUGGAUAUUACAUUCCAAAUAGAUGCUUUACCAAAUACCGAAAUGAAAGGGAUACUGAAAGAAUCAUUGAAGACAAGAAUGGAUAAACUUUUUGAUAACGAACUUUUCAACGCAGCCGUGUAUUUGGAUCCACGUAUUAAAGUCUGUAUGACAAGCGAACAGAAAACUAGAGCGCAGAUGUACAUAGUGUGGUUAUAUAAGCGAAUAUACUCAAAAGAAGAUUCUACAACAGACAAUACGGCCUGCACAAUACUGGAUGAAACUCCAUCAACAAGUAAUGCAUGCACACCGAAAUCCUUUUCCGAUUACCUGCAAACUUUAGAUCCUACCACGCCUACACAGAGUUCUUCAAACAUUGAUAAUUUUGAAUCCGAUCUAUCCACUUAUGAAAGAAAAUCAAGAUUGCCACUAAAUGCAAAUAUUUUACAAUAUUGGGAUUCUUCAAACAUUAUUAGUGGCAUUGCGAAUAUUUUACUGGCAAUACCAUCAACACAAGUAAGCGUGGAACGCUUAUUUUCAGUUAUGAAAUAUAUGUUAUCCGAUCAGCGCAAUCGAUUGUCACCGUUAAAUUUGGAGCAUAUAUUAAUGGUAAAAGCCAAUGGGAUUUUUAAUUACCAAUUGGGAUCAGAUUAAU